UUCACUCAAGUUUUCUUAUGUAAUCACAUGAUUCACAUAUCAUAUUCAUUGCAUUAUCUUUGCUACCUUUAUUUUUUCAUUUUUAUAUCUUAUUUGUCUACACCACUCUAGUAAUCUACCACACGAUUGCUUACCACCAUGGGAGAGGUUGAUCCAGCUUUUAUCCAAGAACCAGAACACAGGCCAAACCUCUCCAUCAUCCAAGCUGAGGGCAUUCCUGUGAUCGACCUCUCUCCAAUAAUCAACAAAACACUUUCAGACCCGUCUGCUAUAGAAGGCUUAGUGAAGAAGGUAGGGAGUGCAUGCAAGGAGUGGGGUUUCUUCCAAGUCACAAACCAUGGUGUUCCCCUGAGUCUGAGGCAGAGCAUUGAUGAAGCAUCAAGGAAGUUCUUUGCACAGAGCAUGGAGGAGAAGAGGAAGAUUUACAGAGAUGAGAGCACAAUUUCUGGUUAUUAUGACACAGAGCACACCAAAAAUGUUAGGGACUGGAAGGAAGUGUUUGAUUUUGUUGCAACAGAACCCACUGUGGUCCCUCUCACUUCUGAUGAAGAUGAUGAUCGACUCACUCAGUGGACUAAUAAAUCUCCUGAAUACCCUCCAAAUUUCAGCGUUAUACUCCAAGAGUACAUGCAAGAGAUGGAGAAACUGGCCUUUAAGUUGCUUGAGCUCAUAGCUCUGAGCUUAGGCCUUGAAGCAAAGAGAUUUGAACAAUUUUUCACCAAAGAUCAAACCAGCUUCAUAAGAUUAAACCACUAUCCUCCUUGUCCCUUCCCUCACCUGGCUCUCGGCGUUGGUCGACACAAAGAUGCUGGUGGCUUAACCAUUCUUGCACAAGAUGAGGUUGGAGGACUUGAAGUUAAACGUAAAGCAGAUCAACAGUGGGUGAGAGUUGAACCAACCCCAGAUGCUUUUAUUAUCAAUGUCUGUGAUAGUAUUCAGGUUUGGAGCAAUGAUGCCUAUGAGAGUGUGGAGCACAGAGUGAUGGUGAAUUCUGAGAAAGAAAGGUUUUCCAUUCCAUACUUCUUCAACCCUGCACAUAACUGUGAAGUCAAGCCUUUGGAUGAAUUGACAAAUGAGCAAAACCCUUCAAAAUAUAGGCCAUAUGAAUGGGGCAAGUUUUUUGUCCACAGAAUGGGGGGCAAUUUGAAGAAAAAAAAUGUUGAGAACAUUCAAAUUUAUCAUUAUAAGCUAUAGCUUAAAGAUUGUUUGAUACCUGUGUAGCACUGUAGCUUGCCUUGUGCAUGUAAAUUGUGAUUGCAGCUGAUUGAUUUUAUCCAUGACAAUGUUUCAGAUAUCAGCAAUCAUACAAUCGAGUUUGCUGCUAAAUAUUACUCGUGUGCAAUUAUCAUCGAAUAAUAGAAAACUAAUUUAUGGUAUCA